ACAGGGAGGGAGAGAGCUUUUGGGGCAGGAGGAGGAGGGUGGCUGACGGUGCUAGCGGGCUAGGACUGGCACACACACAUGCACGCACACACACACAUACACACAGGAAGAGAAGGGGAGAAGGAAUAUUACCGCACAUUGUUAAGACUUCUAUCGCGCACUGUUCUGCUGCUGUUUUCCCUCAUUUCAGGAACAAAAGUUCUCAUGCAGUUUUGUCCUUCGGUUUUCUGGAUUUUUCUCUGCUGAAAUGGGGAUGAGGGACUCUGUGGACUGGCAAGUGGGCAGCAGGCUCUGGGGUGGAAUACUUCUCUAACUAGCCAGGCUGUGCGCUCUCUCUCUUCUUUCUGAUCACUUUUACUCUUCAGCUAACUGGGUGGCAAAAGCGAAAAAGUGGUAGGGCUUCUUGGGUUUUCCGUCAGCAUCUGCUCGCACUGUUCUUCAGGAUGCUGCCUUUAACUAGCACCUGUGGAGGCUAGUACUCAGCUCCUACUGGUGGAGUCUGCAAGUUUGAUAAGUGCAAGGUGUUUAUUUUUGAGAAGAGUGGAAUGUUUGGCUUUUGGGGAAUAAAGGUGAAAGGAAACCUGUAAAAUUUGUGCCUUCUGGGGAAGCUUAACUUUUGGGAGCUACCAUGCUGAGCCUGCAGGAUUCUGUCUUCUUUGAGAUCAGCAUCAAAUCUCUCCUCAAGUCUUGGAGUAGCAGCUCUUCUGCACCAGUCAGCAGCAGCGUGAGUAGACGCCGUGCACCCUCCUCGGUGACCCCCCUCUCGUGGGAGAAACACAACAUCGCCGCCAUGUCGAGCAUCACCAUUGACCCCGAGCUCAAGCCCGGGGAGUUUGUCAUCAAGAGUCUAUUUGCUGAGUUUGCUGUGCUGGCUGAGAAGAAGAUCGAGAUGGUGAUGGCUGAACCGCUGGAGAAACCCCUGUCCCGUUCCCUCCAGAGAGGAGAAGACUCACAGUUUGACCAGUUAAUAAGCUCUAUGAGCUCAAUAGCAGAACACUGUUUGCCCUCCCUAUUGCGCACACUGUUUGACUGGUACCGGCGGCAGAGUGGCACUGAAGACGAGUCUUAUGAGUACAGGCCUCGCUCGAGUACUAAGUCUAAAGGAGAUGAACAGCAUCGGGACAAAGAUUACCUUCUGGAGCGUCGGGACUUAGCCAUAGAUUUCAUUUUUUGUUUAGUUUCAGUGGAAGUUCUAAAACAGAUUCCUCUUCAUCCAGUGCCAGAUGUUUUGGUACACGAAGUCCUAAACCUGGCAUUCAAGCACUUUAAACACAAAGAGGGGUACUGUGGACCCAACACUGGCAACGUGCACAUCAUUGCAGACCUGUACGCUGAGGUUAUAGGGGUUCUUACACAGUCAAAGUUCCAGGCAGUGAGGAAGAAGUUCAUCACAGAACUGAAGGAGCUCAGGCAAAAAGAGCAGAGUCCUCACGUAGUCCAAAGCAUUAUCAGUCUCAUCAUGGGCAUGAAGUUCUUUCGGGUUAAAAUGUAUCCCGUGGAGGACUUUGAGGCUUCGUUUCAGUUUAUGCAGGAAUGUGCCCAGUAUUUCCUGGAGGUGAAGGAUAAAGACAUAAAGCACGCUCUUGCUGGCCUUUUUGUCGAGAUUCUCAUCCCAGUCGCUGCUGCGGUGAAAAAUGAAGUCAACGUGCCAUGCUUAAAAACCUUUGUGGAGAUGCUCUACCAGACAACAUUUGACCUUAGUUCUAGAAAGAAGCACUCUUUGGCUCUGUAUCCCCUGGUGACAUGCUUGCUGUGUGUCAGUCAGAAGCAGUUCUUUCUCAACAACUGGCACAUCUUCCUGCAAAAUUGCCUCUCACACCUCAAGAUGCCGUCUAACAACAGCAUCCGAAAGCAGAUUGAGACGCUGCAGAAUAAAGACCCAAAGAUGUCCCGUGUUGCACUAGAGUCACUCUACAGACUGCUGUGGGUCUAUAUUAUCAGGAUCAAGUGUGAGAGUAACACUGUCACGCAGAGUCGACUCCUCAGCAUCGUUUCAGCACUUUUCCCCAAAGGCUCGCGCAGUGUGGUACCCAGAGACACCCCCCUCAACAUCUUUGUCAAGAUCAUCCAGUUCAUAGCUCAGGAAAGACUGGACUUUGCUAUGAAGGAGAUUAUCUAUGACCUCCUGUGCGUGGGCAAGUCUCACAAAACCUUUACCAUCAAUCCAGAGAGGAUGAAUAUCGGUUUGCGAGCCUUCUUGGUGAUUGCCGACAGCCUACAGCAGAAAGACGGGGAACCUCCAAUGCCUACUACAGGGAUCAUCAUGCCCUCUGGCAACACCCUGCGUGUCAAAAAGAUCUUCCUCAACACCACCCUCACUGAUGAAGAAGCAAAAGUGAUAGGCAUGUCCCUAUACUACCCGCAAGUACGAAAAGCCUUGGAUAACAUCCUACGACACCUGGACAAGGAAGUGGGACGCUCCAUGAGCAUGACUAAUGUACAGAUGUCCAACAAGGAGCCUGAGGACAUGAUCACGGGAGAGAGGAAGCCAAAGAUCGAUCUAUUCCGAACGUGUGUGGCCGCCAUCCCAAGACUGAUACCAGAUGGCAUGAGCAGACAAGACCUAAUAGAACUUCUAGCCAAACUAACCAUCCACAUGGAUGAAGAACUGCGUGGCCUUGCCUUUACUACUCUUCAGGCCCUGAUGGUGGAUUUCCCAGAAUGGCGAGAAGAUGUACUCUCAGGUUUCGUCUACUUCAUAGUCAGAGAGGUGACUGACGUUCAUCCCACACUGCUGGACAAUGCAGUAAAGAUGCUUCUACAGCUCAUCAUCCAGUGGAAGCAGGCAGUGCAGAGCAGCAAUAAAAGCCACGAUUCACAGAGCUCAAGCAGUGGCCGUUCUCUGUCCUUGGAGCGUAAUCUUCCUUUAGGUGUGGUGCAUGUGGUGGAAGGUUUGGCACUGGUGGUGCUUUGUAGCUGCCGCCCUGCCACGCGCAGGCUAGCAGUCAAUGUCCUCAAGGAGGUCAGAGCUCUCCAUACUGCACUGAGCAUUAGCAAGGGAGAUGAAGAACUGGCUAUUGAUGUAAUGGAUAGAUUAAGUGCAUCAGUGUUGGAGAGCUUCAUUCACCUCACAGGCGCUGACCAGACCAACUUGCUGUAUUGUCCCAGUGGGAUUGAUCUGCAGACGCUAGCAGAGUGGAGCUCCUCUCCCAUCAGCCACCAGUUUGAUGUAGUGAGCCCCUCGCACAUUUGGGUGUUUGCCCAUGUUACUCAGGGCCAGGACCCCUGGGUCAUCAGCUUAUCCAGCUACCUGAGACAGGAGAAUCUACCUAAACAUUGCCCCACCACCAUCAACUAUGCCUGGAUGUUUGCCUACACUCGCCUGCAACUACUGUCCCCACAAGUUGACAUUAAUAGCCCCAUCAAUGCAAAGAAGGUCAACAGUCUGAACAGCAGUGACUCCUACAUUGGCCUUUGGAGGAACUACCUGAUUCUCUGCUGCAGCUCUGCCUCUCCUUCCCCUUCCAUGUCUUCGUCAUCCUCCACCUCUGGCUCCGUCCGCUGCUCCCCGCCCGAGACGCUGGCGUCCACGCCGGACAGCGGCUACAGUUAUGAUUCAAAGAUUGUUGGCACUCCGUCCCCCUCCUCACUGUUCAAACACAUUGUUCCAAUGAUGCGCUCUGAGAGCAUGGACAUCACCGAGUCUCUUGUGCUGGGGCUUGGCAGGACCAACCCCAUGGUCUUCAGAGAAUUGAUGGAGGAGCUAAAUUCCAUCAUAAAGGAAGCUCUAGAGAGAAGACCUGAAAACAUGAAGCGACGCAGGCGUCGUGACGUCCUCAGGGUCCAGCUGGUCCGGAUAUUUGAGCUACUUGCUGAUGCUGGCGUCAUCAGUCAAGUGGCAAGUGGAGGGUUGGAUUCAGAGAGCCAUUCUCUGAAUAGUACGCUGCUCGAGUAUGUUGAUCUGACCAGGCAAUUGCUCGAGGCUGAGAAUGACAAAGACUCGGACACUCUGAAGGACAUUCGCUGUCACUUCAGCGCACUUGUGGCCAACAUCAUUCAGAAUGUCCCAGUGAACCAGAGGAGGACCAUCUUCCCCCAGCAAUCACUGAGACACAGUCUGUUCAUGUUGUUCAGUCACUGGGCUGGGCCCUUCAGCAUUAUGUUCACACCCUUGGAUCGUUACAGUGACAGAAAUAUCCAGAUCAACCGCCAUCAGUACUGUGCACUAAAGGCCAUGUCUGCAGUGUUAUGUUGUGGACCUGUAGCUGACAAUGUAGGGCUCUCCUCUGAUGGCUACCUCUACAAGUGGCUGGACAAUAUCCUGGAUUCUCAGGACAAGAAGGUUCACCAGCUGGGUUGCGAGGCUGUGAUGUUGCUACUAGAACUGAAUCCAGACCAGAGCAACCUCAUGUUUUGGGCUGUGGACCGCUGCUACACCGGCUCCCGUCGUGUAGCUGCCGGCUGCUUUAGGGCCAUUGCCAAUGUCUUUCACAACAGGGAUUACCAGUUUGACACUGUGGUGCUGCUCAACCUGAUUCUGUUCAAGGCGGCUGACUCUUCCAGGGAAAUCUAUGAACUGUCCAUGCAGCUGUUACAGAUCCUAGAGCCCAAGCUUUUCCGUUAUGCCCACAAAUUGGAGAUUCAGCGGACUGAUGGCAUCCUGACCCCUCCCUCACCGCUGCCACACCUCUACUCUGUGUCUUACUACCAGCUGUCUGAGGAGCUUGCAAGAACUUACCCAGAGCUCACUUUGCCCAUCUUCUCAGAGGUGAGUCAGCGUAUCCAGACAGCACAUCCUGGUGGUCGUCAAGUAAUGUUGCACUACCUCCUACCUUGGAUGAAUAAUGUGGAGCUUGUUGACUUCAAACCAACUCCACGACGGCCAGAGGACUGCUGCAGUGGCGAGGAUGAUGAGGAUGUGCAAGACCGAGAAAUUAUGAUGGUCAAUAGCCGUCGCUGGCUCCGUGGAGAGGGCUGGGGAUCCCCUCGUGCUACAACCAUGGUGCUAAACAACCUCAUGUUCAUGACCGCUAAGUAUGGUGAUGAGUUUGCGUUGUCAGAGAUCGAGAAUGUCUGGACUACAUUAGCAGAUAGUUGGCCAAAGAACCUCAAAAUCAUUCUUCACUUCCUCAUCAGUAUGUCUGGAGUCAGCAGUGACCCCAGCCUCUUGCCCUAUGUGAAACGAGUGGUGGUUUUCUUGGGCAGAGAUAAGACUAUGCAGCUGCUGGAGGAGUUGAUGUGUGAGCUUGAGUUGACUGAUCCUGUCAGCUCAGCUGUCACUCACAUGGACAACCCCCCUUAUUAUCGCAUCAGCUCCAGUUACAAGAUUCCUUCAGUCACCUCAGGAACAACCUCCAGCAGCAAUACCAUGGUGCCAGGAAAUGAUGCUCAUCAUGACAGCAAGAUGAAAGACUCAAACAUGGAUGACAGUUGCACACACCUGGAUAUCUACAGUGGUCUGAACAGCAACCUGAACCGCCACCACCACCGUCUGGAAUCUCGUUACAGCAGCAGCUCUGGAGGCUCCUAUGAAGAUGAGAAGAGUGACUCCAUGCCGCUUUAUGCUAACUGGCGAUUAAAAGUGAUGGAUCACAAUCAGCCAGAGCCUCUUCCCUUCCCACCAACAGGAGGCUGCUGGUCCCCUCUUGUGGACUAUUUGCCAGAGACAAACACACCUGCUGUACCUCUCCACAGAUGUAACAUUGCAGUCAUCCUACUCACAGACCUCAUUGUUGAUCAUGGGGUCAAAGUAGAAUGGAGUGCCUACCUACAACUCCUGCUACACGCAGUUUUCUUAGGUUUAGAUCACCAGCACCCAGAGGUCUAUGAGCACUGCAAACGCCUGCUGCUUCACUUGCUCAUAGUUCAGGGUGCAAAUAGCAGUGUUCAGUCUGUCGCCAUGGUGCUUUUACGCAACAGAGACUACAAUGAUCCAAGGGUCCUGACUGUAAAGCCUGUAGCUCAAGAGUUCAACCUCACAGGAAUACAGGAGCUUUUGCCAGACUGUCAGCCAUCACCGAUGACAGACUCUGGCCUCAGCUCGAGCUCGACGUCGUCCAGUAUAAGCCUUGGUGCAGGGGCCAGUGCUGUGUCCCACCUCUCUCCCACGCUUCUAAGUGAAGUAGAUGUCACUGUUGAACAUGACGAGAAGGCCAAAGCUCUGAUUGAGUUUAUAACUUCAAGAAAACGCGGCCCGCUCUGGAAUCACGAGGAUGUGUCGCCUAAGAACUCCAACAUUAAGAGCGCUGAACAGCUGAGUGCUUUUGUCAGACAUGUGGUGACAGUCUUCAAGCAUUCCCAGACAGGUUUCCAACUGGACUCAUUGCUGAGUGAAGUAGCUUUAAGGUCAGCUCUAUCUUGUUCUUCUCGCCACUAUGCCGGUCGCUCUUUCCAGAUUUUCAGGGCACUCAAACAACCUCUGACUCCUGCCACACUGUCUGACAUUUUGUCUCGGUUGGUUGAGACUGUAGGAGACCCUGGAGAGGAAGCUCAGGGCUUUGUCAUUGAGCUUCUCCUGACGCUGGAGUCUGGCAUUGACACACUAGCAGACACAGUGAAAAACUAUGAUCUCCUCACUGCCUUAGCACAAACCUCCACCCACGACCACUUGUUAGGGGCCAAGUUUGCUGCCAACAGGAAAAGCACAGGCCAGCUGAAUAUGAACAGUAGUGGUCUGUUGCAUUAUGUCCACACUCGCAGCAACUCUCUUCGAGCCAGCCUGAUGAUGGGUGAACGAAAAGCUGACAGGCGUCGGAGUAACACCCUGGACAUUGCUGACCGACUUGGUGGCAGCUAUGCAAACCUGGCUCGCACACGGAGCUUAUCAUCACUAAGCAGAGGAGGUCCAGGAAGUCCAGGAGGGGACUCUGCGCCACCUGUGGACCCUUCAAAUCUGAUGGCCACGGUAUUCUGGAUCGCCGUGUCAUUGCUCGAGUCAGACUACGAGUUUGAGUACUUGCUGGCUCUGCGACUGCUCAACAAGCUGCUGAGCCAGCUGCCCCUGGAUCGUGCGGACAGCCGAGAACGUCUGGAGACGGUCCAAAACAAGCUGAAGUGGUACAACUUCCCUGGUCUGCUGCAACUCUUCCUGAAGGGCUUCACUUCUGCUGCUACUCAGGAGCUAACCAUCCACCUGCUCAGUAAGCUCAUCAGUGUCUCCAGACAAACACUGGUAGACCCUUCACAAGUAGCAGGUUUUCCUCUGAACAUCCUGUGCCUCCUGCCGCAUCUCAUCCAGCACUUUGACAACCCCACUCCUUUCUGUAAGGAGACAGCCGAUAAGAUCGCCAAAGUGUGUGCGGAUGAGAAGUCGGCCACACUGUCUAACCUGGCCCAUAUGAUGAGCCUUUACAGCACACACAGCUACUCCCGCGACUACACCAACUGGAUCAACGUGGUCUGUCGUUACCUCCAUGAUGCCUUUGCGGAGAAAACUUUGAAUCUGGUCACUUACUUGGCUGAGCUGCUAGAGAAGGGUCUUCCCAGCAUGCAGCAGUCCUUGUUACAGAUCAUCUAUAGCUUGCUGAGUCAUAUUGACCUGUCAGCAGCUCCUGUCAAACAGUUCAACCUUGAGAUCAUGAAGAUCAUUGGCAAAUAUGUUCAGAGCCCACAUUGGAAAGAGGCCCAAAACAUUUUGAAGUUGGUUGUAUCCCGUUCAGCCAGCCUUGUUGUUCCAGAAGAUGUGCAACGCUCCUACAGUUCUGAGUCCUGCAGCUCACCAGAAAUUGCCUUCACCCGCAUAUUCAACAACUCUUCCAAAGAGCUGCCCGGGAAGACUCUGGACUUCCACUUUGACAUCUCAGAGACACCAAUAAUCGGGCAUAAAUAUGGUGAUCAGCGUACUGCAGCAGGCAGGAAUGGAAAGCCACAGGUGAUUGCUGUCACAAGAAGUACCUCCUCUACAUCAUCUGGAUCUAAUUCCAAUGGGCUGGUCCAAGUAAGCUGGAAGAGGCCACAACUCUCUCAGAGAAGAACCAGAGAGAGGCUGAUGAACGUCCUAUCUUUAUGUGGUCCAGAAUCGGGCAUCCCAAAAAAUCCAUCUGUAAGACUCCUCUCCUACUCUAAAGCUUCAGAUAAGGUGGUAUUCUCAUCCAAUGAGGACCUGGACUCUGCAGACCAGCAGACCAGUCUUAUCCCCACAGUGGAGGAGGCCGUCAGAGAGGAGGAGUUGCAGGGAGAGGAUACAGGCAGUGAGCAGCAGUUUGGAGUCUUUAAGGACUUUGACUUCUUAGAUGUGGAGCUGGAGGAUGCUGAGGAGCUGCAGGGGGAGAGCAUGGACAACUUCAACUGGGGUGUGCGGCGUCGCUCCCUGGAGAGCAUGGACAAAGGGGACACGCCGUCUUUGCAGGAGUGCCAAUACACGGGCAGCACGCCAAGCCUCAACCUCACCAACCACGAGGACACAGACGAAUCGUCUGAGGAGGAGGUAUUGAGCGCUAGCCAGAUUCUCACCCGCUCUGGCCUUCUCAACAGUGAUUCUGCUACGGAUGACACUGCAUCCAACCAUGUGGACUCUUUGCAGCAGUCCCAAGAGUCCACCAGCAGUGCCAUGACGGAGGAGGCAACUGUCCUGCCCACUCUGCCCUCUGCACCCUCCCUCCCUCGACUGGAUAGUCCCAUGUUGGAGAUGACCCACUCAGACAGCACCAGCAGUCAGCUGCCUGAGGAUGCUAUAAGCAUGACGGCGGCUGACGAGCUGAGCAGCAGCGUGAGCGAGGACACAGGGUUUUGCAGCGCCCCCCCUUUGCCCUCUGACCCACAAGAGAUGUGUGACCUCCCAGACUCACGGGACCCUCAGGAUGCUCAGGAUCACCAAGAGACUCAAGACCCUCAGGAGGACUUGGAUCCAGCCCCCCCUCCCCCGCCGGCCAUAGACACACCACCAGGGCUCCUUUGUGAGGACGAGUCCCAAACGGUGCUGCCUCUUUGUCUGGCAUCAGAGACGAAGCAGGAUGCAGAUCCAGAUCCAGACAGCACCUGUGGGUCUGUGUGGGAAGAAGAUGUGACACAGGCGCUGAAAGAGCUGGAUGAGCGCUGUGAGGAGGAAGAGGCGGACUUCUCUGGGAUGUCCAGCCAAGAUGAAGGUGACGCAGACGGCUUCCCAGAGAUUCAGGCCUCUCCGCCCCCUUCGCCCUUCCUCUCUGCCAUCCUGGCUGCAUUCCAGCCAGUUGCCUAUGACAAUGACGAGGAUGCUUGGCGUUGCCAUGUCAACCAGAUGUUGUCAGACACAGAUGGGUCCUCGGCUGUUUAUACUUUCCACGUGUUUUCUCGACUCUUUCAGAGUAUUCAGAGAAAGUUUGGCUCCAUUACACAUGCAUCUGUUCGCUUUCUCGGGGAAAGGCUCCAACGAAUGGGUAAUCAGUUCCUUAGCUCCUUGGAAGUCAUGACGUCUCGCUCGCAGUGUCCCACUGUGUUGCUGGAUGCAGAGACGCUGGUCUCUUGUGGACUGUUGGAGACUCUGAAGUUUAGUGUGCUGGAGUUGCAGGAACACUUGGACACCUACAACGCCAAGAGAGAAGCAGCAGAGCGUUGGCUCGAGAACUGCAGGAAAACAUUCGGGGACAAAGACAGCAGCCAGCGACCCAAUACUCAUGCACAGCAAAUGGAAAAUCUAGCAGAGCUCGAGUUAUGUCGGAGGCUCUACAAAUUGCACUUUCAGCUGCUGCUGCUGUUCCAGGCCUACUGCAAGCUCAUCAGCAGGGUAGACACCAUCAAGAGAGAGGCCGAGGUUACCAACAUGUCCGAAGAGCUCACUAUCUUAGAGAGCUGCCUGAAGGAGGCGGAAACAGGAAAUGAUGGUCAGGAGGAUGUGUGCAUGUCAGACAAUGCCCAGACGAACACCGAGACAGCCAUACAGUCGCUGAUUGAAACCCUGAGAGCCAGAGACUUCAGCUCUGCUCUCACACAAGUCAAAAUCUUCAGAUCUCUGUGGCCCAAUGAUAUCUUCGGCAACGAGACGGACGACGCGGUCCAGACUCUUCUACACAUUUACUUCCGUCACCAGACGCUGGGUCAGACAGGCUGCUUGGCGGUCGUAGGCCCCAGCAGAGACCUGUCUCAGGCUAGCAGCCGCCUCAUGGAGCUCAACCUGCAGAUCCGUGAGGCUCUGAGUCAGGCACAGACCUGCCAGACCCACACCGACAUAGUCAGCACCGGACUGUAAGCCUGAGGCACUGCAGGCUGGACUAGACUGGACAAAAACACCCCUCUCCUCUACACCUCCCCUCAGCUGGAAUGUAGACGGUGAGGGGCGGAGGACAAGAGAGACUCCACCUAUAAAGGGCUAAAGGAUGCGUGGGAAUAACUGUGACUCUUAAUAUAUAUUAAUACAUGUAUGAAUGCUUAAAGCUAAUAUCUUUUCCCAGACUAAGCCAACUCGCAAAAUUCAGUUGCAAUAAGUCAUGUGGUGGCGUGCCUGGGAAAGAAUAAGAGAGGGCGCUGUGGGAUGAUAACUUUUUUGUUGUUGUUGUUGUUGUUAUUUGUUUUUCUCUUUUCGCUGGAUCUGAUCCGAGGGGCCCCGUCGUACCGAACGGAUGCGCUCCUCGGGGUCUGGACUGGGAGUCGGCGUCGAAGCCUGGGAGGCAGUCCAGAGGAGGUGUCGUAUGUGUGAGGACGCACCAUCAAGAUUCAUAAGCAAACUCAGAAAGUCUUUAAGAAACCGAAAAGUUUUCAAACGCAUGCUGAAAGAGAAAAAGCACUGCAAGAAUAUUUUUUUGAGAAAUGUAUUUUUUAUUAGAGCUAACAUCCUAGGUUGUAAAUGUUAGGAUAUUUAACAUGUUAACCCUGUGGGAGACGUUUACCUUCAGGGAGUGUACAAAGAGAAAUAUAUCUGUUUAUUGAUCUGCUCUGAGAGGAGAGUCCCCUUCAACAGGUCUUCACGCAAAACUCACUCUUUAACCAAAUAAGUAGAUGCCUUUAGAGACUCUUGACUGUGUGAUUAUAUAUUGGAUAUUCUGGUAUACGCUCACACACAAAAAUGCAUAUAAUUGCACACAAGUGCGGACUGGCUACAGCUCAUUAUGGAAACAUAACUUAUUUUACUCUGUAUAUAUUUUAGAAAAUGUAUAGUGUAAAACCAGUAUUUUUUUUCCCCCCUUGUACUUUUGUGUAAUGCACUGUUCAUCCGAUUAGGAUGUCUGUAUAAAGCUAAUGUGAUGAGAAAGCCAGAAACAGGUUUGAGUCAUUAAUGGUCCGCUCCACCUUUAUUCAUCCAAUCAUACAAAUUUCCCAAAGGCUGCCUUGGUUGGUGGUUGCGGUUUCAAAAGAGGGAAGCGAUGCUCGUUUGGGACAAGCCACCCGUCUGCCUUUGGCGGCGAUGGCAUGGAAGAUCAAAACAAGCCUCCAUCUCCUCUGCUGGACCCCACCAACCCAGCCAAGCCCCACAUACAUAUGCAUUCCUUGUCUCCACUGUGAUCUUUUUGUUAGCAGCGUAGGCUCUGCUUAAAACCUUACGAGGGAGGAGAUGAGGUUUGAAUCUGUCCAUGUAGGUUGAUCAUGUUGCAAAGCGGCGCUCAUCCACUGCUGCGUUUUGAUCCUGUUUAUUUAUUUUCUGAGGGGAAGCGGGUGUCUGUACUCUCACAAUGCCCCUACUUGCUGCUGUGACUGCAGGACAUGAACCGUUAUCUGAAUGCUUCUUGGACAGCUUGUCAUGGCACAUUGUAACAGUCACUGUACUCAUUCCUCAGAGCUUCUCUUUUUCUCCUCCUGCUUGUCUGGUACAUAUGAAUGCUGUUCUUAUUUAAUGAUUAUUUACCUGGAAGAUAUUUUAAUGUAGAGCUGCAUUAUACAUUUUUUUCCUUGUUCACUCAUACCAGCCUUUUCUGGAUCAAUAAAAACCUUACAGAAUGA